AUGAAACGACCAGCUCUAAUUUUUCUAAUCUUGUCGAUAUCUUUGGCACAGCGCCACGAAUAUGAAGAUGAACAUGUGAGGGCAAUUGGGAAGUUGACCUGCAAUGGGGAACCCUAUGAGGGUGCAAAAGUGCGGCUUUAUGACGAGGACUUUGUCACCCCUAACGAUCAACUUGCCGAAGUCAUCACCGAAGAGUCCGGAACUUUUGACGUUGAGGCGACGACCAGCCAGUUGACCUGGCUGAACCCUGUGCUGACUAUUCUACAUCGCUGCAAUCUUACCAAAUACUAUUAUAUCUGCUACUUGAAAGUGGAAUUCCCGAUCCCGACCAAGCAUAUUGGCAGGGGAAGAGGUGCAAAAGCUGAGCCCUAUAACCUCGGCACCUUGGAGCUGAAAAACCGGGCCCGCGACCUAUCCUGCAUGAGCUUUUGGUUU